UUUUCCACUGUUAUUCAUAAAUAUCCUUAAGUCAUAUAGAAUGUUUCAAACGGAAUGUAGUAAUAUUUAAACGUUGGUUAUGAUUAAUUUGUGUAAAGAAACUGAAGGCUAAGUUUAAAAACAGGUUAUAAUCACCUGUUUACUAUUUAACAUAACUGAUAACAUUGUUUAAGGAUGGAUACAGAACGAACAAGUGUGACCAGUGGCUAUACUGAAAUAGUUCAACGUUUACCACUUUCUUUAAAACUAGCGUAUGGCAUAGGUCACAUAUUAAAUGAUAUUUGUGCUUCUAUGUGGUUUACGUAUCUAUUAGUGUUCUUCCAUUUGGUAUUGGAAUUCAGUGCCACAUUAGCUGGAAUAAUUUUACUUAUUGGUCAAAUAGCAGAUGCUGUGGCUACUCCAUUUGUUGGAUUUCAUUCGGAUAAUCAUGAUGAAUUCUGGUUAUGUAAAUAUGGAAGAAGGAAAACUUGGCACUUGAUAGGUACCUUGUGCGUUUUAUUUGCAUUUCCCUUUAUAUUUUUGCCUUGCAUUGAAUGCAAAACUGCUGAUCACUGGGCUCAAUUAAUUUAUUAUGCUGCAUUUGUUAUAAUUUUUCAAUUUGGUUGGGCUGCAGUGCAAAUAUCUCAUUUAUCGUUAGUACCAGAACUUACACCAACUGAAUAUGAAAGAACAGAACUUAUAGCUAUCAGGUAUAGCUUUACUGUUCUAUCGAAUGUUUUUAUUUACUGCAUUACAUGGACAGUGUUACAUAUGACAAGCAAUACAGGUUCCGAUUCUCAAAUUGGCCCUUACGAUGUACAGAAAUUUCAAGAUAUUGUACUUAUUGGAAUAGGAGUAGGAUCCGUAACAUCCAUUUUAUUCCAUAUUUUUGUUAAGGAGAAAGUUACUAAUGACUCUAACAGAACACCAUGUACAAACACAAGAUCAAUAUCAGUAUUAUUGAAAGAUACACGCAUGUAUCAAGUUGCCUGUGUAUAUAUACCCACACGUUUAUUUGUAAAUUUACUACAAAUUUAUGUUCCUUUAUAUUUGCAUAAGUCAUUAAAUAUGCCAGCUACAUCUUUGGCUAUAGUACCCUUAAUAAUGUUUUUGAGUAGUUUCUUAAUGUCUUUAAUAAUGGAAAAGUUAAAUAGAAAGCUGGGCAGAAAAAUUUCAUUUUGCUUGGGCGCUAUAUUGGGCAUAUGCGCUUGUAUUUGGAUUCGAUGUGUAACAGAUAUAGUAUACGCAGGAUAUCAAAUUUAUCUAAUAUCUUUGAUAUUAGGAUUUGCAGGUUCCAUCAUGUUGGUGACUUGUCUUGGUGUUAUUGCAGACUUUAUUGGUCAGGAUACAGACAGUGGUGCAUUUAUAUAUGGUAUCAUGAGUUUUACAGAUAAACUUAGUAAUGGUUUAGUAGUAAUUAUUAUUCAAUACUUAGAACAUUGGAUUAAUUCUAAAGAUUACUAUAGAGAUACUUUAGUAUAUGUGUGUGGUCCUUCCGCACUCUUUGGUUUGAUAGUAAUUUUAUAUAUAAAACCAUUUUCUUAUGGUACAGCUUAUGUUACAUUAACUCCAGAAGAAACUAUGGAAAAUGAUAAUACAACAUCAACAGAAAUUGAACCUGGAAAUGUAUUAAAUCAAGAGCUUGUUACAUAGUAUAUGGAAGAAAAUUGAUAAACUAUUUUAUACAUUAUUUCUUAUAUGCAUUUUAUAAAAUAUGCAAUCCAUUUUUUCAUAUAUACAUAAAAAUACUAUUUAUAUUAUUCAAUUAUUAGUGCAC